GUUAACUCGGGCGCUGCCCGAUCAACGAUCCCACGGCCACCACUUUGUUGCGGUCAGUCGGGAAUCAAACGUGCGAAGCGAAUAUAAUUGUAAAAACGAUGAUCGCGGACAUGUCGCUGGCCGACGACCGCGCGCUAUUCCGAAACUUCGACUACAGAUCGGACGCGGAGUACGUGGUGAGAGUCGCCAAAAUUCUCUUGACGCCCGUCGGCGUCUGGCCACUUUAUGCGGACGACACCACGAUGGAUAGAGUCAAACACAUUUUCCAGACGAGCGUCGUAUUUUGCUUAAUGUGCUUUCUGCUCGUCCCACACGUCAUCUAUACUUUCUUCGACGCGGAGGACCUGACCAAAUACAUGAAGGUCAUAGCCGCUCAGGUGUUCAGCCUGUUGGGUAUCAUCAAGUUCUGGACGAUGAUCAUCAACAGAAACGACAUCAAAUGCUGCCUGCAGGAGAUGGAGAUUCAGUACAGAGACGUGGAGAGCGAGGAGGAUCGAUUGGUGAUGGUGAAGAGCGCCAGGGUCGGCAGGCAAUUCACGAUUAUAUAUUUGGGAUUGCUGUACGGUGGCGCGCUGCCUUAUCACAUAAUUAUGCCGCUGGUGGCGGAUAAAGUUGUCAAGCAGGACAACACGACGCAUUUGCCUCUACCCUAUCUCAGCGACUACGUCUUCUUCGUGGUGGAAGACUCACCGUUCUACGAGAUCCUCUUCGUCGCUCAGAUUAUAUUCAGCACCCUCAUCCUGUCCACAAACUGCGGCGUUUACAGCUUAAUCUCCAGCUGCGUGAUGCAUGCCUGCUGCUUGUUCGAGAUCGCCCGCAGACACAUGGAAAGAUUGCUGAUCGGCGGAACUGAUGAUUUUCACGAACGAUUUGGUUGGAUAAUUACGCACCACAUGCAAGCUCUCAGGUAUGUUGAGAUGAUCGAAAAUUCAUUAAAUUUCGUCUUUCUAUCAGAGAUGGUUGGAUGUACUAUUAUCAUAUGUUUUCUUGAAUAUGGAGUACUCAAGGAAUGGGAAGACAAUCAAUUAUUCGGCGUGAUUAUAUAUUUUAUAUUAGUCAUUUCGAUCGUUGUGAAUGUCUUUACCUUAUCAAGUAUCGGUGAUCGUCUUAAGGAAGAGAGUGUAAAGAUUGGAGAUGCAUCAUAUUACAUCGAUUGGUACACGGUACCAACGAAAAACGUGAAUAGCUUAAUUAUGGUGAUGAUCAGAUCGACCCGUCCGUCAACUUUGACAGCUGCUAAAAUGUUCGAUAUUUCUCUCCAAAGCUUUUGCGACGUAUGCAAGACGUCAAUGGUGUAUUUAAAUUUUAUUCGAAUGGUUACGACGCAAAACGUAUGAUUAUUCCAAAUGCCAUUCACUGAAAUAUG